GGCUUUUACGCGCGUUUUCGGAUGGUGCAGCCCGUGGUCGUCGACGCCGGUAUUUCGUACGUCGCGUGGUCGCCGGACGAUGGACCGCUCGUCGCAGAUGAGCCCAACAACACAACGCUGGUCUUCCUCGAGACAGACGACCUUGCGUACGCGAGGUUCUUCGCAGACUUUGGCCCUCUGCCCCUCGGCCAAGUGGUGCGAUUUCUACGCACGUUGCAAACCACUGCAACGAGCUCGACGCGCGUGCUCUGCUACUCGACAGCCCACCCGCAGCGCCAAGCCAACGCCAUUGCGCUCCUCACGCUCUACCGCGUCCUCGUCCUCGAGCUCUCGCCAGCAGAGGCAUUCUUGCCAUUUCAAGCACUGUUGCUGCCGCUUUUCCGGGAUGCUUCGUAUGGCGUUUGCACGUUUGGGCUUUCGAUACUCGACUGCGCGGCGGCGAUGCACAAGGCGGUGGCGCGACGCCUCUUUGCGCUCGACACGUUUGACGUCGACCGCUACGAGGCGAUGGGAAACGAGAGCGACAUGCACUGGAUCGUGCCUCAAAAGCUGGUCGCCCUCCCCGGCCCGACGUCGCAGCCCGCGAGUAGCGAUCGCCGAGCGUUUCCGCGGCGCGUCGACGACGUCGCGCUGGAGCUCAAGGCCCUGAACGUAUCGUGCGUCGUGCGCCUCAACGAUGCUUCCGACUACGCUGCGCGCACCAUGGUGGCUGUCGGCUUGCGUCACGUGGAGUUGCCGUGCGCUGACGGCGGCACGCCAUCCGAGGCGCAACUGGCGUCCUUCUUCUCGAUCUGCGACCGCGAAAAGGGCGCUGUGGCGGUGCACUGCGAAGGCGGUCUCGGCCGCACAGGCACGGCGAUCGCUGCGUACCUCAUCCACCGGUAUGGAUUUACGGCGCCUGAAGCCAUUGCGUGGUGUCGACUGUGUCGGCCGGGAAGUGUCCUCGGGCAGCAGCAGCACUUUUUGAUGUAUAUGGCGCCACGCCUUCGCGCCUUGCCACCCACGGCGAUGCCCGCCAAGACCACAAAACACCCCAAGAAAACAAAGACAAACAAGACGAUGGUGACAAACGAAAGUUAG